AUGGCAAGGGUCGAGAACAAGGCCACGGUAGCAUGCUGCGGCUGCGCGUCGCUCGCCGUGGCACUCCUGCUGGGUGUCGCCUUCGCCGCGGCGCUCUACUUCGCCGUGCUCCGCCCGCGCCCGCCCCGCGUGGCGUCGGCGGCGGUGGACACGCAGCUCUCGGACUUCCGCGUGCUCCCGCCGGCGCUCAACUUCUCCCUGGCGGUCGACGUCGCCGUGCACAACCCAGGCCACGCGCCGUUCCGGCACGGCGAGGCGGUGACCGCCGUGACGUACCGCGGGUCCACGGUGGGGCGGUCCGCGUCGGCCCCCGGGAGGAUCCCGGCGCGGUCCACGAGGACGGUCGGGGCCCGCGUGCAGGUGGACGCGGCCAGGGUCGUCGUGAGCAGGCACUACGUGGCCGACGUGGUCUCCGGCGCGCUGCGGUUCGAGGCCAGGACGGCGGUGGCCGGGGAGGCCGUGGCGCUCCGGGCGUUCAGGUUGAGCGCGGACGCCGAGGUGGCCUGCGCCGUCGUGCUGUACCCGUUCAGGAGGGAGAGCAGCUCGCAUUGCACUUACACGGUUCGUAUUACUGGAAUAUGA